UCCCAUCACUCCCCUCUCUGUCUCUCAGUGAAACCGAAACCAUACAAACUUCACUAUACUUUUUUUAUUUUUACAUACAUACAUAAAAGAGCUCCUCUCCUCUUCCUUCAAGAUUAACCUCUCACUUAAAACCCUACUUACUCUCCCUCCCUCUCUUAUAUAUCUCGUGACUCUUCUUUUCUCCUCCAUUCUCUCUCUCCCCCCCCUUUGUCUUCCCCAAACCCAAUUAGCUCCUCUCUGCUAAAACUCCACUCGUUGGCCAAUUCCCAUCUAACCAUAUCUCAGAUUCCCUAAUGCGUUUUGAUUUUUCUUAGUAUUUUCCUUUCUUAGCUUCUUUCCUUUUAAUUCAAUGAUGAACGAAACAUUUGUUUCAAGAAUCUUUUCUUUUCUCCUUCCUCUUUCUCUCAAGUUUUGACCUUUUUUUUUCCCUUCAAUUUUGUAUUUUCUCAGUGGGUUUUAAGGGUUUAUUAUUAUAACCUUAAAAUUAAACAAAUUUCCCUAACCAAAACCAGAGUAUAAGCUUGAUUUUCAUCACUCUCUCUCCCCCACUCACAAACAGUAAAAGUUCUUACAAUCUCCAAAGUUUUGGUCUUUUUCUCUCUUUAACUUACUUACUCCAACAAUUCUGUGAUUUUUGUUUGUUUUCUGAUAAUUUUCUCCGGAAUUAAAAAAAAAAAAUCUCAUUUUUAAUAUUUUCCGGCAAAGAAAAAAAUGACGGCUUGUAUAAGCAGUGGCGGAGGAGGAGCAGCGGCAUACAGUUUCGAGUUAGAAAAAGUGAAAUCACCACCGUCAAGCUCAACAACGACAAGAGCUACUUCACCAUCAUCAACACUCUCGGAAUCAUCCAUCGCAAUCUCAACGAGGAAGCCAAGAACGCAGCGCAAAAGACCAAACCAGACUUACAACGAAGCAGCUGCUCUUCUCUCCUCUGCUUACCCUAACAUCUUCUCCUCAAACUUGUCCUCUAAGCAAAAACUCCACUCCUCUAACUCUCACUUCUACGGGAUUGUCAAAUCCCCUCUCCUCAGUGACAACGAUGACGCCUCUGAUUUGCUCCUCCCUUCCGAAUCCAUCGAAGAACCGGACUUUCUUUUCCCCCACCCGACGAUCCAAUCCAAGUCUGAGUUUUUCUCCGACCAGAAAGAAGUUACCUCCGGUGGGACUUACGGUGGUGGACUUGCUGAAAUCGAAAAGCUCGAUUUUUCCGACGAGUUCCAUGCUGAAUCGAUCCUCGAUGAAGAAAUCGAAGAAGGGAUCGAUAGUAUCAUGGGGGCUGUGGUGGAACCGAGUUUGGAAGCUAGGGUUCCGGGACUCAACCGCGGCGGUGGAAGAAGCUCUAGUCGAAUCGGGAAAUUAGAACAGCAGCUGAUGAUGAUCAAUUCAUGGAACAGAGGCUCCAACGGAUUCAAACCAGCUGCGAAUUUACCAUUGGGACUCGGGUUAAGAAGCUCUCUCAGAGACAAAGAUGACCAAAACCUGUACAAAUUUCACACCGUCGAUUUCGAACAGAUCUCGCCGAGGAUUCAAACCACCGCCACAACCGAAACCGCGAUCGCAACCGUCGACAACGCUGAGAAACCGAUUGGAGUGGAGAAGAGCAAGAAGACGACGACGAAGAAGAAGAAGAAAAUGACGGCAUUGAUCACUGAGUCCAAGAGCACGGAGGAGACGACAACGGAGGAGACGACGAGUCAGCCGAAGAGAGCAACGACAGGUCCAUUGCUGAAGCUUGACUACGACGGCGUUUUAGAUGCUUGGUCUGAUAAAACGUCGCCGUUUCCUGAUGACAUCCUCGGCCUGGAACCUGCCGACGUCAAUGCUAGAAUAGCUCAGAUAGAUCUGUUCGGAGACAGUGGAAUGCGAGAAGCAAGUGUUUUGAGGUACAAAGAAAAGCGUAGAACUCGUCUGUUUUCGAAGAAAAUCCGAUACCAAGUUCGCAAACUCAAUGCUGAUCAACGUCCUCGAAUGAAGGGACGAUUCGUGAGAAGGCCCAAUGAGAGCACUCCAAGUGGACAAAGAUAACCAAGGAUAAAAGAGCCUAAAAGAUUCAUUCCUUUUAUCUUUUUCUUCUUUUCUCUUAUUUCUCUGUUUAUUCCUUUUUUAGUUUUGUAUUAAAAAUUUUGGCACC